GCUUGCCUCUUUGUUCAAAACUGAUCUUGCUUCUCUCCCUCGGCGUAGCUGCUGGCGCGGAGGGAGCACCUCGCUGUGCGUGCAUGUGUGCGUGAGCAUCAAUAUCGACAUCGGUGUGUGAGGACGAACGGCGCAGAGGCUGCCGCUGCUGCUGCUGCUGCUCAGUGAGGAGAGAGGUUCACGCAGAGGAAGGAGUGGAAACUCCAAGACGCGGAGCGCUUGUGCGCACACACACACACACACACGCGCGCGCGCACACACAAACACACAAACACACACACACACACACACACACUGAGCCCGGUCCCGGUCGCCUUCUCCCUCCGCAAAGUGCCGUUUCACCCCCUGCUCCGUCGUGCGCCGGCUCUGCAUCCUCCGGGCGCUUUGGAGAGCACCUGCACCGGGGCGCAAGGCUUCCGCUCACAUUCCGGAGGACUGCACCAUCGGGACGCACCUCGCGCUGUGGGAUAAGGUCCAGGAUGGUUCUCACUCUGUGUGCUGCUGGGCGGCAGAUCAUCUUUGUUCUGAUGCUGCUGCUCUGUUUAGGCUUGGGUGAGACCUCCUCCAUAGUGAACAUGCGUAGGAUCACCCAUCCUACUGUACAACAAACACUGGCAGGGAAAGCCGUCCUCCCCUGUGUGUUCACCCUCCAGACCAGCUCCUCCGGCCAGCCCCCCCACCUCCUGUGGACUCGCACCAGGCCACCGGCAGGAGGACAGGAGGCGCCUGCAGAGCAGAUUGUGCUUUCAGCUAAAGGUGAUGUAAUCAAGCUGAAUAAGGCUUUCAGUGGCCGCGUCAUGCUGCCAGGAUACACUGCCAAUCCUCUCAAUGCUACCAUGGAGAUCUCCAGCCUCCGUACCAACGACUCAGGCACUUACCACUGUCAGGUUGUCAUGGGUAACGACUAUGAGAGAGACGCUGUGCCCCUGGUGGUCUCCGGCGUGGUGUUUCACUACCAGGCCGCCAGCGCCCGUUAUGCCCUCUCCUUUACCGACGCACAGCGGGUCUGCCAGGAAAACUCUGCUGACAUCGCCACACCAGCACAGCUGUGGGCAGCGUACUACGAUGGCUUCGCCAGCUGUGCAGCCGGCUGGUUGGAUGAUCAGACCGUCCGUUAUUCUGUCCAGCUGCCAGAGCUUGGUUGCCAUGGUCACAAGGAGUACUCUGCUGGAGUGAGGAAUUAUGGGAAGAGGGACCCAAAAGAGCUGUUUGAUGUGUACUGUUUUGCAAAAGAACUGGAUGGUGAGGUGUUCCACUCCUCGGUCCCAGGUAGGCUGUCUCUGUCUUCGGCCUCGGACCGCUGUGUGUCCCUCGGGGGACAGCUGGCCACAGUGGGGCAGCUUUAUCUGGCCUGGAGGGCCGGCCUGGACAGCUGUGCCCCGGGCUGGCUGUCUGAUGGCAGCGUCCGCUACCCGGUGACCUGGCCUCGCCCGGACUGCGGAGGGACCCAGCCGGGAGUCCGCACGGUCCCACCCAACAGCACCGCUGACAACACCACAGUGCUAUAUGAUGCUUACUGCUACAGAGGGAACAUGGAGAGUACAGACUCCAUCGCUCAGAUCUACACCUCUCUGUGGAAGCCCUGGAGCUACCUCACAGGCUCAAGUGAAGCUACCUCUACCGGGACAGACAGCCCCGGCCUGACUACACAGCAAACCAUCACUACAAGAGGAUCCUCAGAUGUCAGUGAUGGACCUUCCAACUGGACAGGAUUGGUUGACCUUGAAGAGGAGUCCACUCUUCACAGCACUGAUGCAUCCACAGACCCUUGGUCCUCAGAGUCUUCGGGAUCCUAUGUGACCCUUCAGCUAGUCCCAGGACAGAGCUCCUUCGACUGGGGAGAGCCGCUGGAGCCUGGUCCCGACUCAGAGGAGUUUCUUCAACCGCCAGUUCACCCAACUCCGGCUGAGAAGAAGGUGAUCUCAAAGAUUGUCAAAUCAAUCUGGAAGCCUUGGAACUACCUGGCGGGGACUGAAGAUGAGGAGGGAACCCAAGUGCCCAAUGGAAAGGAGGGGGAAGAGGAGACAACUACAAAAAAGACUGAUGAAGUUUCAAAUUCGUCCAGUACAGCAUCACCAGGUUUGUUUUCCUGGGGAAGUUCAUCGUUCAGUGGUCCCUCCAAGGAGAACACUACACCAGCCAGGGAAGACUCACCCACUCGUCCGGCGUCUACUUUGGCCGCCUCCAGUAUUCCUAUGACUACCAAGAGCAACACAGGCCUGGAGGAUUCAGAGAUCCACACAUCCACCGCUUCCAGCUUGGCACCUGAAAUUACCUCAUCCAGCGGCGAUGCCUGGGUCCGCAUUGAAGCAGAGACCACAACCCCGCCGGGUGAUAAGAGGGAAGAAACAGUGACCUCCAGAGCAAGUGGUAGGGGAGGCAGAGGGAGGGGGAAGAAGAACCGAGGGGAGGACAAGCGCAGAGGAGAAGAGAAGGAGAGAGGAGAGGAAAAGGGGAAAGGAGAAGAUGAGGGGAGUGGAGAACUUACCGGUGCAGAGGCAAAAGGGGAGAUACAAGUCUCACGACCACCGGUUGGGACGUCUAAGCCAAGAGAAAGGUCCAGAGAAAGGUCCAGAGAGAGGGGUCACAGGAAGGGACAGUCCACUACUUCCACCACCACGACUACCACUGCCACUGCCACUGCCAGUCCUCUGGAGCCCACAGUGUUGACCACAACUGGGUCAGACAGCACUGACUUUUCUACAUCCAAAUCCCCGUCCACUUUACCAUCAGAAACCCCAUCGAUAUCGGACCCACGUCAACCACUGUCCUCAUCUGCAUCCCCAUCCCCAUCCCCAUCACCAUCCCCAUCCCCAUCCCCAUCCCCAUCCCCGUCCCCGUCCUCAUCCCCAUCCCCAUCCCCGUCCCCGUCCCCAUCCCCAUCCCCGUCCCCGUCCCCGUCCCCGUCCCCAUCCCCAUCCCCAUCCCCGUCCCCAUCACCAUCACCAUCACCAUCACCUUCACCAUCGCCAUCACCUUCACCAUCCAAAUCCGCCAAAGCUCUCAUGUCCUUUUCUGACUCAUCGCCAUCUCAAUCCAUGUUAGAAACCCAAACUCCCUCCCAACCCCCUUCUCUCUCCUCAUCCUCAUCCCCUUCUCCAUCCACUUUCUCAGCCUCACUGACUUCCCAAACCCCAUCACUCUCACCAUCGCCAUCAUCACAAUCUUCCCAUUCUCUGUCUCAAAUGGUUGGAUCAGGAGACCCAUCAACGUCUCCUCAACAAGAAAACCCGGACAGCUCCGCUAACCCCCUAACGCCGCUUCACUGGGUCCCAAUAAAGACGACAGGUCAGAACCGCUCUCUGGAUUAUCCCCCAUUACUGUCAGGGACCCCGGAAGAGGAGGAGCCCGCUUGGUCUCACGCUGUGGGCUCAGGGGCCCUGUUACCUGGCAACAUGGAGGAGGAGGGCAGCAGAGGAUCUAACGUCAGCACCGUAACUCUGGGCCCAGCAAUCAUGGUGGAGCCCUGCGUGACAAACCCGUGUCUGCAUGGAGGAAAGUGCCUACCUCAGGGAACUGGCUACAGCUGCUACUGCCCACAGGGAUACACUGGGGAGAACUGUGAGAUUGAUGUCGAUGACUGUCAGUCCGAGCCAUGUGAAAAUGGAGGCACUUGCAUCGACAAGAUUGAUUCAUUCCUCUGCCUUUGCCUGCCUAGCUAUGGGGGAGACACGUGCGAGAAAGACAUAGAAGGCUGCGAGCAUGGUUGGUUGAAGUUCCACGGCCACUGCUACAGGUACUUCACUCACAGGCACACGUGGGAGGACGCAGAGAAAGACUGCAGAGAGCACAGUGCCCACCUCAGUAGUGCCAUCUCUGCUACGGAGCAGGAGUUUAUCAAUGGCCUGGGUCACGACAAUGCCUGGAUCGGACUGAAUGACCGUACAGUGGAGGAGGACUUUCAGUGGACUGAUGGAAACGAUCUGGUAUAUGAGAACUGGAGGGAGAGCCAGCCGGAUAACUUCUUUGCAGGUGGCGAGGACUGCGUGGUGACCAUUGCCCAUGAGGAUGGCAAGUGGAACGACGUGCCCUGCAACUACAACCUGCCCUACAUCUGCAAGAAAGGAACAGUGUUGUGUGGGACCCCGCCCACCGUGGAGAAUGCCCAUUUGAUAGGCCGCCGGAGGUCCCACUAUGAUAUCCAUUCAGUGGUGCGCUACCAGUGCUCUGAAGGCUUCUACCAGCGCCACAUCCCCACCACUCGCUGCCGGGCUGACGGGAGCUGGGAGCGACCCAGGAUCAUCUGCACAAAGUCCCGACGGUCACACCGGUACAGACGUCACCACCACAAUCAGCGCCACGAACGCCGCAGCCACAGGAGACACGGCGGAGAGGGACACAAGGCCAGAGAGGACGCGCACAGCUCCUACUGAACCAAAUAACACAACGUCCGCAAUGCCUAGGUGCUAACCAUGGCCCAUAAAGAAAGACAGUAGUUUCGCGUCACGCCCAUUACCUUUCCCCGCUUCCGACCAUGCUCUCCGUUUAGCUGACGAAUAAGGUUUUCUUACUCUAACAUAAAGUUCGCCUUUCCAUCAUCCCGUCACUGAGUGUGGGUGUUUUGACGCCUCUUCUUUGUUUUUGACCGGCUAACUUUAACCGAGGUCCAUGCGAACACUAACUCUCUCACUAACUCGUAUUAACCCCCCCCUCCCUGACGUCUCAGUGCAGUAAAACCCUUCACCAGUCUACGAACGAAAGCCCUCUCUAGGUCUGUCUAGACUGACAGCAGUGUGCGAGCAUGUGUGAGCGUGUGCAUGUUAAAGAGAGACUUAGAGAAGUGCUGAGUCAAUUUUGUUCUGUAUACGUUUGCUUGUCCUACAUGAAAAACUCAUCCUAGUAUUCUGUUUACAAAGCACAGAUGUAAUUGAUGCAAGACGGCAUUCAGUCCUUGGUAACCCUGAGCUUUUUGUAUGUGUACUGUAGCUGUUCCUUUUCCCCCCAUAGAGUAACUGAAUAGCUGGUCUGAUUUAAUCUACUGACAUGCUUCUUUUCUGAUAUUUGCUAUGUUAUUUUGUGUAAUGUUACUAUUUAUUAUGAGUCAUUUGCAAGUGAAAAUGCUUUCUUUUCCUUAACUUAUAGCCGGUGAGAGCCACUGUAACAUAAUUUUUCUAUAUACUGUAAGUCCAACAAUCAAUCAGUAACAAAAUUAAUCAUUUGAUUGCCUCUAAUCUCUGUAUUGUAAAUUCUGUGGUGUUUGUCAUUGGCUGAUCCUUAAUUCAAUAGCUGGACCUUGUCCAAUCAAAUAGACUCCCCUAUCCCCACCAGAACCUCUCAACUACUGCAUAUAUCCCAUUGACAUAGUUAGUUCGGAUGGGAUCAUACCAGACUUUCUAGAGAUAACCAAUUGAUUGUAUCUGAAUCGCUAAACACUUUCAACCUUUGCACGGCUAUAUUUACAUGAUGGGUAGAAUGUCCCGAUUUUUUGUCCUUGGUCCUUUUGAUAUUUGAUCGGUCAUCCCACUUUUUUGGUGUUCUUAUGACUUUUUGUCCUGCUGUUGUAUUUCAUUCUUAAUAAAGUGAGAAAAAAGAA